AUGUCACAGAGUCGGCCGGGCUUGUUCCCGAGUUUGCGCAUGGGUGAGGUCAUCCGUGAAAAGGUCCAAGAUGGCCUGACUGGCGAACACAAGGAGAUUUCCUACACCCAGUGCAAGAUCGUCGGCAAUGGUUCCUUCGGCGUGGUGUUUCAGACCAAGAUGGCCCCCAGCGGCGAGGAUGCCGCUAUCAAGAGAGUCCUCCAGGACAAGCGCUUCAAGAACCGUGAGCUCCAGAUCAUGCGGAUCGUGCGCCACCCCAAUAUUGUCGAGCUGAAAGCCUUCUACUACUCCAACGGCGACAGGAAAGAUGAAGUGUACCUCAACCUGGUACUCGAAUACGUUCCAGAAACCGUGUAUCGCGCCUCUCGCUAUUUCAACAAGUUGAAGACGACCAUGCCCAUGCUGGAGGUCAAGCUUUACAUCUACCAGUUGUUCCGGUCGCUCGCCUACAUCCAUUCACAAGGCAUCUGCCACCGCGAUAUCAAGCCUCAAAAUCUGCUCCUAGACCCCGCAACCGGUAUUCUGAAGCUUUGCGAUUUCGGCUCCGCCAAGAUACUCAUUGAGAACGAGCCCAAUGUGUCCUACAUCUGCUCUCGCUAUUACCGGGCUCCGGAGUUGAUCUUCGGCGCCACCAACUACACAACCAAGAUCGACGUGUGGUCGACUGGUUGCGUGAUGGCCGAGCUCAUGCUGGGCCAACCCCUCUUCCCUGGUGAAUCGGGUAUUGACCAGCUGGUGGAAAUCAUCAAGGUGCUUGGUACUCCGACUCGGGAACAGAUUCGCACGAUGAAUCCCAAUUACAUGGAGCACAAAUUCCCUCAGAUCAAGCCGCAUCCGUUCAACAAGGUCUUCCGUAAGGCGCCCCCGGAGGCCAUUGACCUUAUCUCGGCUCUUCUCGAGUACACCCCCACCCAGCGCUUGUCAGCGAUCGAGGCUAUGUGCCACCCCUUCUUCGACGAACUGCGGGAUCCCAACACCCGGUUACCCGACUCUCGCCAUCACAACAACCCCGCCAAGGAUAUGCCCGCUUGCUUCGACUUCUCGCGGCAUGAACUUUCGAUCGCCCCUCAUCUGAAUGAACAGUUGGUUCCCCCUCAUGCUCGCCCGGCUCUUGAGGCCCAGGGUCUUGAUAUCAACAACUUCAAGCCCCUCUCCAAGGAGGAGAUGAUGGCCCACCUCGACUGA